UGCAAGAAUACCCACCAAGCGAUUCUGGAACAUAUGGACUUAAGCCAUGAGUGGGUUUCAGUUCCCUCCGCCUCCUCCGCCGCCGCCGAGGAGCCUGCCGAAUUUUGAGGAUCAAUACAGCAACGCUGAUCCGAGCCGUGGACGUGGAAGAGGCAGAGGCAGAGGCCGCGGAGGGAACGAUGGUCGCGGUCGAGGCUCCCGAGGCGGAAGGGGCGGUAGUAGCAGUAAUCGUGGGAGCAAUCAGCAAAACUCUUCGAUGAACUCUCGCCCUCGCAGCGACAAUCCCGCAGUAUCACUUCCGCAAUAUGGAUCUCGCCUUCCCAAUCCGAUAUUUCCGCCCUCAUCAAUACCACCAUCAAUACCUCCUGGCUCGUAUGUAAAUCCUGCCUUCCAGUUCGGCGGUCUGGGCCUCAACCUGCCCUCGGAGUCUCCUCAAAGGACUUUCGCCGGACACAAGAGAAAACUGGAUGCCCUUCGAGAGCCAAAGCCUGUAGAAAGUCCCAACACGCCUGUCGCACCGUCUGUGCCAAGUUUUGGAGCGCCGAUCGUCCCCCUCAAGAUCGAUCGCUCUUCAGCUCUCCCCAGCAACGCUGGGCCGCCAAAGAAGCGAACGACAAACGUGCUGGGUCUGACACCUGCUGGCGAACAGCAGUACUCGUCUUCCGAAAGCGACCAUGAAGAUGAUGAAGUCGAUGAGGAAGCCAUGUUCGCUGAGCUGGGCACUACCUUGACAUUCGAGCACAAUGGGACGGUACUGUCACUCAACUCAGCUGCGGAUCUCGCGAAGUGGAAGAAGGAGAGAUCAAAGAACUUUCCAACCAAAGCUCGGACGGCUAUGAAGAUGGAUGAGAAGCGUCAAAUCGGAGGAGAAAGAAGACGACUUCUGGUACAGGCCAGUGACGCCCUACGAGAGGCUAGGAGACCAAAGAAGCAGCCACGAAAGCCAAAGGUUCAACCGGAGGUGAUGAAACCGUCAGUCGAACGCAUAUCGGAGACGAAGCUGGAGAAGGCGAAGAGAGAGCUAUCAACGCAGGCGGACAGACUUGAAGAGUUGCGGAAGAAAGUGGCAAAAAGCGAGGCGCUUGCAGUCCAGCUGAAGGCACAGAAGGCAGCAAGAGAAAUCUCUCAGGCAAAUCCGCCUGAAGCGGUCGCAGAAGCGGAAGACCGAGAAGAGAAGGAGGGCAAUAGUCCCGCUCAAGAUAACAACGACGAUGAAGAUGCCAACUCAUCGUCCUCGGAGUCAUCGGUCAUCAGCUCCGACUCCUCCGAUAGCUCGGACGACGACGACGAACCUCCCGAGCAGAUCUCCUCAAAACCACUUCCGGUGACAUCCGGCACAAAGCAACCGCUCUGUACCUACUACGUUGCAAGCGGACAAUGCAGGGAUGGUGAUGCUUGCAGAUUUCGGCACGAGCUGCCAGAGCGAGGCACCGGACAAGCGUAUCGCGAGUCUCAAGACCACCAGCAACAGCAGCGGCGGCAACCAAAACGCGAUCCGCACGCUCCGCCCGAGCUGGCCACGAUCGAUCGGAAGACCAUCUUUCAGCGCAUGAUGGAGCAGGAGCACGGAGGGGAAGAUCAGCUGGCGCUACAGGUUAUCAAGUAUCUGGGAAGGAUGAACUUCUUUGCAGAGAAACAUCAGGCGUGA